GCGGCUGUGUUGCUUUGUCUCUCAGAGGAAAUAUUUCAUCUCCUGCAGCAACACUGAGUUCAGUUCAGGCUUUGAGAGAGUUUAUCAAGCAACGACUAACUGCUGCUGCUGGAGAAAUAUUCACCGUGUUUCAACAAACUAUCGUCCAGUUCGAGGAGGAGAUUUAUCGACAGAGAAAACUUCUGGAAAUCAACUGGAAAUCUCAAAUCAGCUUCCACAGAACAGAGAGUCCACAGCAAUACAGUGGUAACCAGCAGACGAGCUCCAACCACUCUGUGAGAGACUUGACCACCCAGAGACUAACUGCUGCUGCUGAGGAAAUAUUCACCCUGUUUUAACCAACUGUGGUUCAGUACGAGGAGGAGAUUGGUCGUCAACGCAGAAUGCUGGAAAUCAACUGGAAUCCUCAAAUCAAGUCACACAGAGCAGAGCUCCAACAGGACCAUGACUGCAGAGAGGAGCAGCUCUUUAAACAGAAAACAAACUACUAUCUAGAACAGGAUGAACCAGAACCUCCACAGAUAAAAGAAGACGAACCAGAACGUCUGCACAUCAAAGAAGAACCAGAGCCUCCACAGAUCAAAGAAGAAGAACCAGAGCCUCCACAGAUCAAAGAAGAAGAACCAGAACCUCCACAGAUCAAAGAAGAAGAAGAAGAAGAAGAACUUCCACAGAUCAAAGACGAAGAACCAGAACCUCCACAGAUCAAAGAAGAAGAAGAAGAGGAAGAACCAGGACUUGGUCAGUUGAAGGAGGAGCAGGAGGAACCAGAAUCUUCACAGAUUGAGGAAAACAAGGAAAUCCGUACCAGCCAGAAGGGAGAACGAUUUGUUCUGAAGUUUGAAAGUGAAACCUUUCAGGUUCCUUUUGUUGAGGAUCAGAGCAACCUGAGUGAAGCAGAUGUACCAGAGACUGAGCAGUUCCUCUCUCAGGACUCUGAAGUCCACCAUGUGAAAAGACACAUUGACUCAGAAUCAACUGGAAAUGCAAAGCUGAAAAAACUCAACAUGUUUCAUAGAAACAGUGUGAACAACUUUAAUUUUUCCGAGAAGCAGGCUGAAUGUGAAAAGCUUCUUUGUGAAGAAAUGUGUGAGAAAACUGACCAUAAAAAACCCCAAUUAUGUCAGAAGGUCAGAAUGGUCACUGAUGAGAAGAUAAUUUGUGAAACAUGUGGCAAAAGUUUCAGGCACCUGAGUCAUUUGGUGGUCCACAAGAGAAUUCACACUGGUGAGAAGCCUCAUUCUUGUGAAACAUGUGGCAAAAGUUUCAGUCAACAGGGUAAUUUGAAGGUUCACAUGAGAUUUCACACAGGUGAGAAGCCUCAUUCUUGUGAAACAUGUGGCAAAAGUUUCAGUCAGCCGAGUAAUUUGAAGGUUCACAUGAGAUUUCACACAGGUGAGAAGCCUCAUUCUUGUGAAACAUGUGGCAAAGCUUUUAGUCAACCGAGUCGCCUGUUAGUCCACAAGAGAAUUCACACAGGUGAGAAGCCUCAUUCUUGUGAAACAUGUGGCAAAGCUUUCAGUCAACGGUGUGAUCUGUUGCGACACAUGAAAACUCACACAGGUGAGAAGCCUCAUUCUUGUGAAACAUGUGGCAAAAGUUUCAGUCAACCGAGUAAUUUGAAGUUUCACAUGAGAAUUCACACUGGUGAGAAGCCUCAUUCUUGUGAAACAUGUGGCAAAAGUUUCAGUCAACCGAGUAAUUUGAUGUUUCACAUGAGAACUCACACAGGUGAGAAGCCUCAUUCUUGUGAAACAUGUGGCAAAAGUUUCAGUCAACAAUGUAGUUUGAAGGUUCACAUGAGAAUUCACACGGCUGAGAAGCCUCAUUCUUGUGAAACAUGUGGGAAAAGUUUCAGUUGUCACAGUUCUUUGUUGAUCCACAAGAGAACACACACAGGUGAGAAACCUCAUUCUUGUGAAACAUGUGGCAAAAGUUUCACGCAACAGAGAUAUUUGUUGGACCACAAGAGAACUCACACAGGUGAGAAGCCAUAUUCUUGUAAAACAUGUGGCAAAAGUUUUAGUCAACACAGUAAUUUGAAGGUUCACAUGAGAAUUCACACAGGUGAGAAGCCAUAUUCUUGUGAAACCUGUGGCAAAACUUUCACUUGUCACAGUUCUUUGUUGAUCCACAAGAGAACACACACGGGUGAGAAGCCUCAUUCUUGUGAAAUAUGUGGCAAAAGUUUCAGUCAACAGAGUUCUUUGUUGUUCCACAAGAGAACUCACACAGGUGAGAAGCCUCAUUCUUGUGAAGCAUGUGGCAAAAGUUUCAGUCACCAAUGUAAUUUGAAGUUUCACAUGAGAAUUCACACUGGUGAGAAGCCUCAUUCUUGUGAAACAUGUGGCAAAAGUUUCAGUCAACAAUGUACUUUGAAGGUUCACAUGAGAACACACACAGGUGAGAAGCCUCAUUCUUGCGCAACAUGUGGCAAAGGUUUCACGCAACACAGAGAUUUAUUGGUCCACAAGAGAACUCACACAGGCGAGAAGCCUCAUUCUUGUGAAAUGUGGCAAAAGUUUCAGUCAACAGUGUGAUUUGAAGGACCACAUGAGAUUUCACACUGGUGAGAAUUUUUACUCUUGUGAAUUAUGCGGGAAAAGAUGUAUUCAUUGUAAUUCAUUGCUGCACCACCUGAAUACUCACAAAUAGAUGAAAUCAUGAAAGACUGUGAGAGAUGUAAUUCAGAAAGUCCAGCUUGAACCCAAAAUCACAAGAAAUCAUCUAUACUGAUUCAGACACUGUUUAGGCUGCUUCAGGAAAAUUUCACUUUGUUGUCUGUCUCAAUACAUGUGAACUUUCA